ACAACUGACAUUUCUUUUCUGCUUUCAUAUCUUUAGUCAAGAUUCAGGGUGUUUCCCUUCCAUAAAGCUAUCAAUAUUCUAUUUUGCAAUACUUUAUUCUCGAUAAAAAUGAAAAGAACUAACUACAUAAAUAUAUUGGUCAUUGUUUGAAGAAGAUUAGUCGGUGUAAGCCUAUGAAUUUUUCUGUGAUGAAAAGUUGGUGUUUACUUCAUUUGAAGGUUACCAUGGAUCCUUGAAGUUCCUCAAAGUUCUUCUGUAAAACAGAGUUUGAUUUGUUGGAUUACUGAGUUGUGAUGCAAUUGCAGUGUUCUCCAGAAAAUUCUCAGUGUUAAAAGAGUUGUUGAGCCAGUUUUGUGCUGAUGGAAAAAGAUUUGGGACUUGAAAAGCUUCUGGUUUUGUUUUUGGUAGUAAUCUCGAUCAGCUAUUCAGAGCAAUUACAAUCUUCUCAAGUGAAAAGCCUUCUCAGAAUUCGGCGUCUUUUGAACUAUCCAACAGCUUUGAAUAGUUGGAACAAUGACACUGAUUUCUGUAAGAUUGAGCCAACUUCAGCUGUCACUGUUGUGUGCUAUGAAGAAAGCAUAACUCAGUUGCACAUAAUAGGGAUAAAGGGAGCUUCCCCUUUACCCGGAAACUUCUCCGUUGGUUCAUUUUUCACUGCCCUUGUCAAGCUUCCUAGCUUGAAGGUCCUUAGAUUAGUUUCUCUUGGUUUAUGGGGGCGCUUGCCUGGAAAACUUUCAAGACUGUCAGCACUAGAGAUACUUGAUUUAAGCUCAAAUUACUUUCACAGUGGCAUACCCAAAACAAUUUCAUCGUUAACGGACCUCCAAACCUUACUGCUCAAUGGAAAUAGGUUGACUGGCAGAAUUCCGGAUGGAAUUGGUUUGCUUUCGGUUUUGGCAGUUUUGAGUCUGAAGAACAAUUCAUUAGAUGGACCUUUGCCAGAUACACUGCGAGAUAUGAAAAAUCUUCGGAUACUUUCACUUUCAAGGAAUAAUUUUAGUGGGGAUAUGCCUGAUCUUAGCAGUUUAGGAAACCUUCAAGUUUUAGAAUUAGAGGACAACUCUUUUGGACCGAGAUUUCCUCAAGUUGGAAGCAAAAUAGAAAGCAUUGCACUGAGGAAUAAUAAGUUCACUGCAAGCAUUCCAGAGAAAGUUCAGUCCUAUCAUCAGCUUGAACAUUUUGAUAUUUCUUCAAACAGAUUUGUGGGGCCAUUUCCUCCAUUCUUGCUAUCUUUACCAUCCAUAACUUACCUGGAUGUUGCAGGAAACAAGUUGACAGGAAUGCUUUUUGAAGAUAAUCCAUGCAACGCUGCAUUAGACUUUGUUGAUCUGUCUGCUAAUCUGUUGACUGGAACAUUACCUAGUUGCCUUCUCUCUAGUUCGAGGAAUAGGAUUGUGCAUUUCUCUAAUAACUGUUUGGCACCCGGAGACAAAACUCAACAUCCAUUUUCUUUUUGUCGAAACGAGGCUUUGGCUGUUGGCGUCUUACCUCAUCAUCAAAGACAAAAACCUGCUUCUAAUGUGGUUCUUGCCUUGAUAAUUUGUGGUAGCAUCAUCGGCGGAGUCAUACUAGUAUGCCUGACCAUCUUGAUUGUCAAAUCUUUUCUUGCAAAGAAGGCUGCCCAGAAAACCCAAUCCAGAUUCAUUUCAGAAGAUGCAUCAUCUUCAUAUACCUCAAAGUUGUAUACAGAUGCAAGAUACAUUACUCAAGCAAUGAAGCUAGGAGCACUCAGUCUUCCAUCUUAUCGGACCUUCUCGUUAGAAGAGCUUGAGGUGGCUACGAACAACUUUGAUACAGCAACUUUUAUGGGUGAAAUGUCUAAUGGCCAGAUGUACAGAGGCCAGAUGAGAGAUGGUUCAAAUGUUACGAUUAGAUGCCUGAAAAUGAAAAGAAGCAACACUACUCAAAAUUUUAUGCAUCACUUAGAGUUGAUAUCCAAGCUCAGAUAUUGUCAUUUGGUCAGUGCUCUUGGACACUGCUUUGAGUGUUACUUGGAUGAUUCAAGUGUUAGCAGGAUAUUUCUCGUCUUUGAGUACGUACCUAAUGGGACCCUAAGGAGCUGGAUUUCUGAUAGACAUGGAAGACGGAAACUAACUUGGACACAACGUAUAGCAGCUGCAACUGGGGUAGCAAAGGGCCUACAGUUCUUGCAUAAUGGAAUUGUCCCUGGUAUCUUUUCAAAUAACUUGAAAAUAACAGAUAUCAUGUUGGAUCAGAACCUUGUUGCCAAAAUCAGCAGCUACAAUUUGCCUAUUCUGUCGGAGAACGCAGGAAAGGAAUACUGUCACACUUUUCCAGCUGGUUAUAAGGAGAGGGAAAAAUAUGAAGAGAAGUUGGAUGUGUAUGACUUUGGAGUUAUACUGCUGGAAAUCAUAACAGGAAGGCAGAUAAAUACCAGAAAUGAUAUUCUAGUUCUACAUAAUAAGUUGCAAGUAAGCAUAAUGGGCAAUGAAGCAUCAAGAAGGAAUGUGGUUGAUCCAGCAAUAAGAAGUUCAUGCUCGGAUGAAUCAUUGAAGACGAUGAUAGAGAUCUGCUGCAGGUGUUUGUACGAAGAUCCAGUGGGCAGGCCUUCGAUGGAGGAUGUUCUCUGGAAUUUGCAGUUUGCAGCUCAAGUUCAGGAUGAAUGGAGAGAUGAUUCUGACGCCUCUCCAAUUUCGCCUCUACAACCUUCAGGCCAACUCGUCAUUCAAUAGGGAUCAUGUUAAAUUUGUUUCGGAAACAGGGUGAAAAAGAUUUUGGCAAUAAAAUUCUUCAACAAGUUGUAUUUGUUAGAUUUAACAAUUAUAAAACAAACACAACUUCAAAACUUGAAGAAAUUUUUCGCCAACUUUUUUCCCCUCUGUUUUCACCCGUUCUUAGAUUUUUCCUGACGUGCUUGUAACUAUGAUCUUUUACUAAUUUCUUCUAUCUGAAUAUACUCAACAUUAUCAUUUGCAAAUAUUAUAAUUAUUUAUGGCCA